AUGAGAUAGGAGGAAAGUGAAUCACUUACAGAGAGUUAAGUACUCUUGUUUAUGAAUGAGAAGAUGAGAGAGGAGGGAAUGCUUGAUCGAAUCAAAUUGUAAGUGAGAAAAGAGAUAGUUGAUAAACUGAUGUAAGAACCAAAAUCCAAAAAACCAAAGAGAUAAUUUGAUCUAAAAGUUGCCGAUUGCUUUGUGAUCAAUUUCCUAUAAACAUAAAACUUUCUUUGCACAGCUGAAAUUUUCAUUUAAGAAUGCGGACUUGAUAGAGUAGAUAUUUUGCAAACUUAAGAACUACUCCAAUUACAUGGAUUAACCAUUAGGGAUUAUGAACAGCAUUUGUUCCAAUUAUAACAGGGGACAAUAUCUGCAUUAGAAAUUAUGAGAAGCGUGAUAAAGAGAAAAUAUCAAGUUGAAAAGUCAGAUCAUUCUUGUUAGACAGAUGAAAGAGAGGAAACAUACGAGUAAAAGAUGAGGAACCUUGAAAAUGGAUUCCUCAAGAAAGUUAACUAUUCAAGAUUGCACGAUAUGCAAACAAUAGAGGAGAGAAUGAAUAAUUUGAGGAAGGACAUAGAACAGAAAUAUCAGGCUAAAUUAGAGGCAGAAAUUGUGCGUCUAAGAGAACAUGAAAUGGAGAUGAUAAGGCAGGAGGAAAGAAUAAGAUAUGAGAAAAUGUUGAAACAAAUGAAAUCGGGAGCAGAUGAAGAAUAUACAGAAAAACUAAAGGAACUGAAAAAGAAGGAAGAAGAUGCUUUAAUUAGAAUUAAUGCCAAAUUGAAAGCUAUUGAAUAAGACAAAUUUGAGAAGCAAUAAGAAAUAUAAAGAUAGUUGCAUGAAUUAGAAUAGGAGAAAAUUAAAUAUCAUAGACACAAAUGCUUGGAUUCAGAUGUUGUAAAACAAGAGUUGGCUGAGAUGGAUGCCAUAAAGCUAGAUCUUAGGAAGGCCAUGGAUGAAUAUAAAAAAAGCAAGGAGUCCUUGGAUUAACAGAAUAUCAAAUAAGCAGAAAUGUUGAAUGAGUAUUGGAAGGAGAAGAUUGCCAAGGAGAGAGAGGCCAAGAAGGAGGAUGGCAUUGAUGAUGAAACUGAUUGGGUUAAAUAUUAGAAGGAUAACUGUUCCAGACUCUAAAAGCAAAGAGAAUAUUUAUUGAGUGAGAAUGAAACUUUGAGAUAAGAAAUUAAUGAGUUGAACUACAAAAUUCAAGAGGUUCAGAAAGAAUUGGAUAAAUGCCGAAAUGAAUUGAUGCAAGCAAAGGAUGAGAGAGACGUUGAACACAAUUAUUCUAUGCGUUUAGAGGGUUAAAUUAGAAUUAUCACCUAAAUUAAUGACAGAAACAGUAAAAUCUGA